AUGAGGCUAAUGAGGAAAUGCAAAUUUUCUGGGAACACCUUAGAGACUGAGAUGGGUCUGGCAGAGAAGCAGCUGAAUCCUUUAUGUGUGAGUACAGCCAAGGUUCUUAUUUCUCUUUCAUGCUGUCUAUCAGAUCUGAUGCCUUCAUUUAUCCGCCACGGUCCAACCAUUCCAAGACGAACUGAUAUUUGUCCUCCCGACACUACUUCUUCUGCGUAUGCUUCUGGGGGAGAUGGAAUUGUUUCGAGAAACCAGAGUUUCCUUCGAACUCCGGUGCAGAGACCACCUCAUGAAAUAAUGAGACGUGAGAGCAACAGACUGUCCGCGCCUUCCUAUCUUGCGAGAAGUUUGGCUGAUGUCCCUAGAGAAUAUGGCUCUUCCUCCCAGUCCUUUUUAACAGAAGCCAAUUCUGUUUUGGAAAACGGAGACGCUGGUGCCCGAUGUUAUUAUUAUGAUCAUUUUUAUGAUGCCCAGAGGAGACGGCCGUUAAAUGAUCGCGUACAUGAGGACUACAGGUAUUAUGAACACAACAGCGAUCUUUUCCAGAGGAUGCCACAGAAUCACGGGAGGCACACUUCAGGAAUCGGUAGAGUUGCUGCUACAUCUCUAGGAAACUUAACAAAUCAUAGUUCUGAAGAUUUACCUCUUCCUGCGGGCUGGUCGGUGGACUGGACUAUCAGAGGGAGGAAGUACUAUAUAGAUCACAACACCAACACUACUCACUGGAGCCAUCCACUCGAGCGCGAGGGGCUGCCUCCGGGCUGGGAGAGAGUGGAGUCAGCAGAAUUUGGAGUGUAUUACGUAGAUCACAUCAAUAAAAGAGCUCAAUAUAAACAUCCUCGCGCUCCCAGCGUUCCCCGUUACGACCAGCCUCCCCCCGUGAGUUACCAGCCGCAAGCAGCCGAGCGGAGCCAGCCCCUCCUCGUCCCUGCAAACCCCUACCACACGGCAGAGAUUCCCGACUGGCUGCAGGUCUAUGCCAGGGCUCCUGUAAAAUACGACCACAUCCUGAAGUGGGAGCUCUUCCAGCUGGCGGACCUGGACACCUACCAGGGGAUGCUGAAGCUGCUCUUCAUGAAGGAACUGGAACGGAUCGUGAAGCUGUACGAGGCCUACAGGCAGGCCCUGCUCACCGAGCUGGAGCACCGCAAGCAGCGGCAGCAGUGGUACGCCCAGCAGCACGGCAAGAACUUCUGAGCUCCCAACUCUUGAACAGACAUUUUACAAGAACACUAAAGAGCUUUAAAAAAGGUUGGGUGUUUUGGUUUUUUUUCCACACUUCAAAAAAAAAACAAACACUAAAAACACUAUGAAAAAGUGCUUUUUGUUGAAAAGGCAGCUUAUUUUUGUUGACGUUGCACCUUUGUUAUUAUCCUCUUGAGUAUUUUUCUACAUGUAUUAUGUAUUGUUUAUAAAAAAAAAAUGAAAAAAAUGUUUGUUAAUCUUUUUUCUAGUUUAUUAUUCUGAGAACCAGCACGGAGUUUAAUCAGAGCCUUGAUUCUGGUCUCUUUUUCUAGCCAUCAGCUGCAUUAGUAAGAAGCCGACUAUAUAUAUAUUUUUUAAAAGGGCAAUAGAUGCAACUGUAUGAAAUGUCCUGGAUUCAAACCAUUUGUGAAAAUCCAAAUGAAUUAUUUGGGUGUCAUUACCCCGGGGACACCCAGUCCCUCUCUCGGGAGCCGUCUGCUCUUUGUUUACAGCUUUAAUGUACAGAUUCCGGUCCCUUCCCAUCAUUCCCAGUGCUGGGACCGGAUUUCACCAGUUUAAACCCAGCCCUUUGGGAAAGAGAAGCCCCAGUUGCCUUAUUUCUUACUCUAACGUGUUACUGCUUUAGUUUUACUACUCUUUUUUCGCAGAAAUCACUCAGAGGGGAAACAUUUCUACCUUUUUCGAGCCCCAAGGUCUCUAACUUCCCAGGUUCAUCAGGUGUCCCCUGUUGGGCUGUCCCCUGGACCUUCAGGGAUCUCACAACAACUGCUUUGGGGUUGGUUUUUUUUUUUUAAACAAUGAGCUUUGGGCUUCUAUUAAAGCUUCCUCACUUGGAGAAAAUUUUUAAUUGUACAGUUCUUCUCUCCGAUAUUUUUGGGUUCAUUGAUUGUCCUGAAAUGUUAUUUAUGGAUUCUUUUUAGUGCAAUAAACAUUGUUGCAGACAAAAAAAAAAACACAUUUCUUGUAAAUCCUAUUAUUAAUUCAAUAAAAAUCCUUUUGUUUAAUGAA